GAAGCCGAUAGAGUUUCGACGCCGCAGUCUGCGAGGUCCGAGGGAGUCAGUCUCGCCGAUGUCCCCAAUCCGGAGGAGCCCCUGAAGGUCGUUCUCGCAGCUUCCUGGGCCGACGACUUGCUGGAGGAGGCGCCUGAGUCCAUCAGCUCCCUGAAGGAUCGCCCCAACCCAG